AUGGCAGAUAUCAAGAAACAGCGACUGGUAUACGCAAUUCUCCAGUUCCUCAAAAGCUCUAUUCAAGACGGAACUAUUAAUGAAGAGGGCAGAGAGAGUAUAGAAGUGGCCGUACAGUGCAUCGGGGAAGCUUUUGGUGUGGACGCUGACAAUCCGGAGCAUCAAGCUAAAUAUGCAACUAAGCGCUCACUACUGUCGUUGUUUAGUAUAGCUCUACAAGUUGAAGAGAAACUAUCAAGUAAACAGGGCUCGAGCUCCCGGCAAGCAGCGUCGACUGAUUCAUCGACUUCCUCGUCGUCAACUGCUGAAGGUCGAGCAGAACGAAAAGACGUUGAGCUUGAGCCGGCUCCAUUCCAGUUAGAGUCAGCUCUCACUGAAGAACAGAAACAAAAAGCAGAAGAGUUAAAAACCGAAGGUAACAAGAAUGUUACCGAGAAGAACUUUGCCGCAGCGGUUCAAUUAUAUAGUGAGGCUAUUAGUAUAAACCCCAUGAACGCUGUUUAUUACGCAAACAGAGCUGCAGCGUAUAGUCAGAUGAACAAUCACGAUGAAGCCAUUCAGGAUGCUCUAAAAUCGACUCAAGUCGAUCCAUCUUAUAGCAAAGCAUACAGUAGACUAGGACAUGCGUAUUUCUCAAAGAGCCAAUACAAGGAAGCCAUCGAAGCUUACGAAAAAGGGUUGGCUCUUGAUCCGAAUAAUGCAACAAUGAAGAAAGCUCUUGCCAAUGCUGAACAAAAGGCUAGCGAACUUGAAGGACAAGGUUCUCGAGGCGCGAGUAGUGGACCACGAAUGCCUUCUGCCGGAUUAGGCGGAUUAGGGAAUCUCGCGAAUCUCGCUGGUCUUGGAGGAGCUGGUGAGGGUGGAAGUGGUUUGGACUUCGCUAAUCUAAUGAAUAACCCAGCCAUUAUGAACAUGGCCUCGCAGAUGAUGCGAUCAGGGGCGUUUAAUGAUUUGCUAAACAAUCCCAAUUUGGCGUCAAUGGCACAGAACAUGAUGCAAGGUGGUUCAACACCCAACAUGCAAGAGCUAAUGAAUAAUCCCGAACUAAGGAAUUUAGCAAGCCAAUUUGCCAAUGCCGAUAAAUCCGAUAGAGGAAAUGCCGGAGGACAGCCGCCCUCUGGAGACUCGGAUCAAUAA